CACCACAGUUUGUUCGUUUCUCGUACCUAGGGUUUCAACUUUCGAGCGAGCCUUCGUUGCAGUUUACUCCGGCUUCCAUCAAUGGCUCGAAUCAAAGUUCAUGAGCUUAGGAACAAAUCGAAGGUUGAUUUGUUUGCUCAGUUGAAAGAUCUCAAGGCUGAACUUGCUCUUCUCCGGGUCGCCAAAGUUACCGGUGGUGCCCCGAACAAGCUCUCCAAGAUAAAGGUGGUGAGGACAUCAAUUGCACAAGUGCUGACUGUGAUUUCACAGACUCAGAAGUCAGCUCUCAGGGAAGCCUACAAAAACAAGAAGUACCUGCCUCUUGAUUUGCGUCCAAAGAAAACCAGAGCCAUCCGCAGACGUCUAACCAAGCAUCAGGCUUCAUUGAAGACUGAAAGAGAGAAGAAGAAGGAGAAGUACUUUCCUUUGAGGAAGUAUGCUAUCAAGGUGUAAGGUGGGAACUAUGAAGGAGGAGAUUUAAGUUGUGGUGUGUAAAUCUCUUUCCAGUUUUGAACUCAUAGUUUGUGUACGAUUAAUCAGAGAUCAUGCGUUCGAUAGUUUGUCUGCAUUGAGUUAAAAGACAGUUAACAUCGGAGCUUGCUCUUGAUGUUUGCAUACCUAUUUGACUUGUUUCAUCUUUUUUAAAAAAGGCAUCUACAUUUGUGGUGUUGAUUUGCAUUAUGCAUUUCUCGUUAAUCUCUGUUGUAUCGAUUCGUUUCUUAUGAAAGCAAAGACUUUGCUCUGAC